ACUUCCGCAACGUCACUAAUGACACGUAUUCAAAAUGGCGGCCGCGGCUAUGGAGACGUGGUGGGCCUUGCUGCUUUUGUCCUCGUUGCCUGUUGUUCGGCCUUUCUAUGUACCCGGAGUCGCUCCCCGGGACUUCCAUGAGGGUGACGUAGUAGAUCUUAAGGCAGUAAAGCUGACCAGCUCCCGCACCCAGCUUCCUUAUGAAUACUACUCCCUGCCUUUCUGUAAGCCAGACUCUGUUGUCUACAAGGGAGAGAACCUGGGUGAGGUAUUGCGAGGGGACCGUAUUGUGAAUACCCUCUACAAUGUGGAGAUGAACAGGGAUAAGAAAUGUGAGAUGGUAUGCAACAAGAAAAAGCUCAGCAUAGAUGAAAGCAAGCUGGUUGCUGAGCGAAUCCAGGAGGAGUAUUAUGUUCACCUUAUUGCAGAUAAUUUGCCAGUGGCCACCAGGUUAGAGUUUUACCCCAACAGAGAGGCAGGAGGGGAGGAGGAGCAGAAGAAGGAUGUGGUGAAAGAUAUCCAGUUUGAACAUGGCUACAGACUGGGCUUUGUCGACAACAACAAGUUUUAUCUGCACAACCACCUGUCCUUCAUCCUGUACUUCCACAGGGAGAAGCUGGAGCAAGGGGAUGUUCACAACUACAGAGUGGUGCGAUUUGAGGUCGUACCCCAAAGUGUAAAAGUCGAUGAUCUGAAGCCUGUGGAAAAUGACAAAACUUGCACCUUGCCUGAGGCCAGUGGCUCUGCCCCACAGGAGAUUGACCCUACCAAGGAGAAUGAGGUCCUCUUCACCUACUCUGUCCACUGGGAGGAGAGUGAGGUGAAGUGGGCGUCUCGAUGGGACACGUACCUGACCAUGAGCGAUGUCCAAAUUCACUGGUUCUCCAUCGUUAACUCUGUGGUGGUUGUCUUCUUCCUGUCUGGUAUUCUGAGUAUGAUCAUUAUCAGGACCUUGAGGAAGGACAUCGCUAACUACAACAGAGAGGAUGACAUAGAGGACACCAUGGAGGAGUCAGGAUGGAAGAAUGUCCAUGGUGAUGUCUUCAGGCCGCCUCAGUAUCCCAUGAUCCUCAGCUCUCUGCUGGGUUCAGGGAUUCAGCUCUUUUGCAUGAUCCUCAUUGUCAUCUUUGUUGCCAUGCUGGGCAUGCUGUCUCCAUCCAGUAGAGGGGCCUUGAUGACCACUGCUUGCUUCCUCUUCAUGUUCAUGGGUGUAUUUGGUGGUUACUUUGCUGGCAGACUGUACCGUACACUGAAGGGCCAUCGGUGGAGGAAAGGAGCAUUUUGCACAGCAACUUUGUAUCCUGCCGUGGUUUUUGGAAUCUGCUUCAUCCUCAACUGUUUCAUCUGGGGAGAGCACUCCUCUGGGGCAGUUCCCUUCACUACAAUGCUGGCCCUGCUAUGUAUGUGGUUUGGCAUCUCCAUGCCCUUGGUCUACCUGGGCUACUACUUUGGCUUCCGCAAACAGCCAUAUGAUAACCCAGUGCGCACCAAUCAGAUCCCUCGGCAGGUCCCAGAGCAGCGCUGGUACAUGAACAAGUUUGUCGGAAUCCUGAUGGCUGGGAUCCUGCCAUUUGGUGCAAUGUUCAUCGAGCUCUUCUUCAUUUUCAGCGCCAUCUGGGAAAAUCAGUUCUAUUACCUCUUUGGCUUCCUGUUUCUGGUCUUCAUCAUCUUGGUGGUCUCCUGCUCUCAGAUCAGCAUUGUAAUGGUUUAUUUCCAGCUCUGCGCAGAGGACUACCGGUGGUGGUGGAGAACUUUCCUGGUUUCAGGAGGCUCAGCGUUCUACGUCCUCAUUUACGCAAUUUUCUACUUUGUCAACAAGCUGGACAUUGUGGAGUUCAUCCCCUCCCUCUUGUACUUCGGUUAUACAGCCCUGAUGGUCCUGUCGUUCUGGCUGCUAACAGGCACGAUUGGCUUCUACGCAGCCUACAUGUUCAUCAGGAAAAUCUAUGCUGCAGUCAAGAUCGACUGAGCCGUCACUGUCGCUGCUGUUCUCGUUUUUUGGUUUUUUGAUUUUCUUUGUUGUUGUUUUUUGGUCGCAUUCUGUUUUUUUAAUGUAUAUAUUUUUUAUUCUUCAUGUCCAACAAGCACUGACUUGUGUGUAGAGGGAAUGAGAGGGGUGCUUUUUAUGGCGCAACAGCCCCACCCACUGGCCUCAUGGGGAAGAACAGCAAGGUGGCAGAGCUAAACCGGCUGUCUCUCUCCCUGUCUCUCUCCCUCUCGCUUCUACCCCCCCCCCUCUUUCCAGGACAGAGACUCCGAGGGAAUUAUUCUCUGAUGGGACAGUUAAUGUCUCCUGCUGUUUCACCUUGCACACAACAAAGUGGGCCAAAGCUUGUCAAAUGAUGGUUUCUGCACAUUUUUGUUUUGUUUAUUCAUUUGUGUUAUAAGUCUAACUUAUCCGUUUUUUUUGUCGUCACAGGAUUUGUCUUUGACCUUAUUUCUUCCAAUCAUCUUCAUGUCUCAUCUGAUUUCUUUACAUUAAUUCUGUCUGUACAUCGUCUCUGUUUUCAAAUGCCACUUUGGACGACAGGGAAGGAUCGGGGAGUCUAACUGUGGUUAUGGUGUUGUUGUGUUGAACUAAUAUAGAUGGAAAUUAUGCUGGGAAGUUCUACAUUGUAACACAAGAAAGGAUAAAUUAAAUGUUCUGUUAUUUUUACUCCAGUUUCCAUGUCCUGGUGUGACCAUGUUAACCACAACUGUAAUCAAGAUAUUCGCUUCUCCUUCCAAAACAAUGGGUCUCUUAUAAAUGUCAAAAUAUUGGUCCAGUCACUCUAAAUGAUGCAGAACAGCUCUGAAUGGGACUAUGAACCCGAUGCCCUAAAGCAGCGGACUGUGGGGUGAAGCUACUGGAGUUGGAGAAAAAGGAAAGGCUACAGUCUACCCAAAAAUGACAAGGACCAACCUUGUGUAUUUGGAAGUCUACAACACAAAUAUGUGUUUGAAGCUUUUCCAGUAGAAACGUACAAAAAAAAAGUACAACUGUUUACGCUCAUUAACCGUGCCGUCAGUGUAGCCUUAGCAGUGCUGGACGCCUGCUGAACUAUGCAGUAAUGGAAAGAAAGAAGUGCAAAAUU